UCCCUGACAUGCUUACGGCUUGGUCAAGUUGAGGCUGAGAACAUCGCAAGUCGAUUCCUUGUCUGGUGCCAAAAUAGUCUUGAAACGAACUUUUCCAUCUAGACUUCUCCAGUUCAUAUAUCAUCAUCGGACGACGCUUUGGUUUUAGUAACUGCCUGUGCUUGCUUACCUUGCCUUCCUCGCAUACAUAUCACGACUCAUCUAGCUGGUCCAAGUGUAUAAGCACAGAUAUAUCUCCAUCCCAACCCGAAGGAACCGUACGUUAACAUCGAUUUUCCUCUCGAUUUCCCCUCGUCUCUUCUUCAGCAUGGAUGCCUUUCGGUCUACACACGUUGAGCGCUCUAACUCACAACCGCCUAGAUCAGACAUUAGUCGUGCAGACUUGGUGGUAGAGAGGCCACUCAUACGUCCCACCGAUUCACCAAGCCGGUCUCACGUCUAUUACGACCAGCAACUACCACCGUAUAAGAACAGCCUACCAGCUCAGGCUCCUUACUCUCAAGGCGUAACAAGCCACCCCAUCGAGCUUGGCUUGAAUUCAUCUCUCCUGGGAAACAGCCGUGGCGAAUUUGGCAUUGGGUCGAGUGACGACCAAGCACAAUCCCAAGGCAUAGCAUCACUGCGAGAGGAAGAAAAUCGGGAACUCUCUAAAUCUUUUCCAUCUUCUGUAGGAGGAUCGACAAUGAGUGCCGUCGCAGUAUCAUUUGAUCCUAGAAUGGAGAUGGGUGUCCCGCGCUCGACAUACACAUGGCACAGUCUCCCUGGUCUCGAAUCGAGCCCCGAGUUACUGUCUCAUGAUAUAUCCAGUGUUGGACAUGGAUCGGACAUCAGCAGCCUAACACCACCUCCCAGCGGGUCAAGGUCUUUGACUUCAAGCCCCCCGCGACCUAUCAUCUUGACGCCGGAGCAACGCGAACUGAAACGGCAACGUGAUCAAGCAAGACGGGAUUCGAAGACAUCUGUUCGAGUUCGUCGUGGAAUGAGCAACAACUCGUACACCCCGGCAGGACAAUCCCCACCAGUAUCAAUGCACGAAUUCUCCUCAGCGUCACCUGUGCCAAUAUACACAACAGCGCCAACUCAGAUUUCGCUUCUAGCCGAGCCAGUAACAACUGUAGGACCAUCUUACCUGCCAUCGUAUUCGACAUCUCCUUUGCCAGAUCACGGAAACUCUCAAAUGUUUUCUCCUCAUUACUCACCUCUCCCUUCCAACGACUACAUGGGUAUGAACUACCAGGCUGGGUAUCCCCCGCCACCCUCACACCACAGCCUCUCUUCUCAGUACAGUAGCCGAGCUUCCUCGGAGUCUGGGAUGAUGUAUUCUGUCCAACCUGCAGUUCUUCCUCCAGGCAACCCAUCAGGAGCGGACACCGGGCACGUCCGAGUUGUGCAGAGCAGACCUAAGCCGCAAUGUUGGGAACAUGGGUGCAAUGGGAGACAAUUUUCCACAUUCAGCAACCUGCUACGACAUCAGCGAGAAAAGUCUGGGCAAGCAGCCAAGGCCAGCUGUCCUAACUGUGGUGCUGAGUUCACCAGGACUACUGCACGUAACGGACAUUUACUGCACGACAAAUGCAAACAGAGACGCAACUCAUAAAGAUGUAUAACGCAUCAUGUACCACUACCAUCUACACCUUCGAUUCUUGGGAUUCCUCUUUUAUUAUCACGGUUUUACGGGGCAACGCUUUCACACGAUGAAGCUGUACUUUCGGCGUAAUGGAUGAUUUUGACUUGGGACGGUUGUGAUUUGUUAAAACAGCGAUUGGGUUAGGUGAAAGGGAAUACUCACCGAGUCCGAGGCGAAUGGGUUAUACGGAUGACACAUUGAAGAGGGAGUAGAUGUGAUUUGCAGCUGUUGAUGUUUAUAUACCCCACCUUUCGCUUCUCGAGCCACGACGACUCGCCUGUCUAUAGUUGUAUGUACAAAGGGGUUGAAAAUGAAAAAGCCGUUAUCCUCAAUCACUCCAGCUGUUUGUUGAGUUAUCCUCCUGAUGUGCUACGAUGAGCCGGUGAAAUUACACUCUGGCAAGAAGAUAGCGACAUUGUCUGAUAACGGAGAACAAUUGACAUCCAACCUGCCGAAUUGGGAAAUGCUGCCACUGGUCACACUUG